AUUGUUGCGGUCACAUCAGAUAUCAUUCAGUCAUAUUCCUUUUCGGUCUGUCGGUUUGGGUCCUUCGCGGUCAUUAAUCGGUUUCUCCUUGCUCCUUUUUGUCUCCUUGUUUUUCUCGUUUCCAGUCCACUACUCGAUUUCUUGGCCUCAAACCUUACGCUUUCCUUUAUAUUCCUCGGAUCUAGUCUUAUUUCUCCUCCGAUCUUCUCCUUUCCUCAGCACUUCCCAACAAUCCCAAUCGAUCUAUCAGGGCUGGGCCCUCGUAACUUCGCAAAACACCACGUUCGCUCUGAAAAGCUAGACGCCAGGUUCGAAAAUGACGUACAAAGACCACGGAUACUAUGGCUACGCAUACAUCGGCGCGAGGCUUGCGAAGGUGGUCACGCUGGUGCCCAUCAUCGGGCUGGUGGGCAACUUCCUCAGCUUGAUCGCCAAGUCCAAGCACAGUCCUCCCUCGGAACUCGUCGCCACCAUCGCCGUGACCUGCGCCGCCCUCCUCUGGACGAUCAUCUCCAUGACAGCCUACGACGACACCCACAUCCCCUACCUCGCCACCUUCGCCGUGGACAUGCUCUUCCUGGUCCCCUUCCUCGUCGUCGCCAUCCUCCUGGGCCAGCCCCUAUCCGUCACGACCUGCUCCGACCUGCCCAACGAACAGGGCAGCGUCGUCCUCCCCCUGGCCGCCUCCGCCGGCCAGCCCGUCAGCUACGUCGUCUUCUCGGGCGCCGGCCGCACCGUCUGCUACGAGCUCAUGGCCGUCUGGGGUCUCGUGCUCGCCCUGUGCGUCCUCUUCGCCACGAGCUCCAUCGCCGCCGGGUUCCUAUAUCUCGGAAAGCGUCGCGCCGCCGGCCCCCGCAUGGGCAUCGGCAACGGCGGUCGGGGUUUCAUGGUCGGUGGCGCUGCCCCCGGCGGAUACCAGAUGAACGAGUCGCAGAUUGAGAUGGCGCCACCCAAGCCCUUCUCGCGGAGCCCGAGCCUAGGCCCGCAGAACAGCGCCCCAGGUAGCCCGACCGGCGGCUUUGGCGGUGAGAGCUUCGACGGGCCGCCGCAUCAGCGCUCCGUGGGCGGAUAUGACAGCCCCGGCGCUCCCGGCAGCCCGACCGGCAGUUUUGGUGGUCCCCUGAGCCCGCCGCCCGCGCACCAUCGCAAUCUCCAUUAGGGGUGCGGGGCACCGCGGGGAGGCGGCCUAGACAGCGGGAUAGUGGGGAAGGGGCCGGAGUGGGGAUCAAGCUCGCCGUCGCCUGUGCCUGACGUGGCAUCGCUGUCACAAAG